AUGGAAAGUGAAUCAAAACUUUCUCAGGAAGUAUAUUUAUUGCUUCAAUUAGAGAUCGGUACUCCAGCAGAAGUGGAUAUCAGGAGACAGAUAAGGGACAUUGAAGAAGCUAUCUAUAAUUCAGCUUCAACGACAGUAAAAUUACCCUUUAGAAGACAUCCUAAAUUUUUCCGAGUGGCGACUGGAAGUCAAAGGGAAGGAUUCCGAUUUGAUGAGUCCGACGCUGAUUUUCUCUACUGGUGGACUGACCACAAAGUUAUUUAUCACCCGGGACAAGAAAACCUAUACGGCAAGGAAACAUUGAUUAUGAUGGAGUAUUGUGAUGAUAGCCCGGGAUCCGUCCUCCUGAAAGUCAAAGGAUGGUCUGUUUGGAGUGUUGUUAGUGAUAGUUAUGUCUCAUUAAAAGAAGGAACCUACAUGUCGAGCUUUAAGUACAGGGAAUCCACCAGAAACUUAGUAGUUGCAAAUUCAAAAAUACAUGGACCUUGUGCAAGCGGUAAAUUGGGUAAUGGAGUUUACUACGACAAUGCUCAUUCAUUGAAAUGUGAUUUUCUUCCACCGGUAGCUUCAUCUUGGAUAAAGCGAUGUCGAACAAAGGGUUGGCCCGAUUCUACCGUAUUGCAAUAUGCCAGAAAAACAGGCUGUCAUUUCGUUCCUAUUGGCCGUAAAGACUCUCCAAAUCAGGAUUAUGAAUGGAGAAUUUCUUUCAAUCUCAUUGAAUUGAAAUGUGUACAGUGCAGUAGAUUUUCCCCUCUGAAAUCUUACCUACUAGGAAUACUGUUUCUAGAACGGGAAUUCUCUCAGGAACAUAGCUCUAGUGUAGGAUUUCCCCCACGGAAAAAUGACCAUAGAAGAGAAAUAUCACUCCAUAAUUCAUUUUUUAAGGGGGAAAUCAUAUUCUGUGUUUUAGUUACAGAGUACGAUCUACGCCAGAGCCAAUCCCCAAUAUAA